UGAACAUGCGUCCAUAGAUAAUGAUUAGUUCCGCAGAAAUGUCUCAACCUGCACCAGCAUGCUCCAAGGCUCAGGAACACUUCCAAUAGAGGCCAGGACUGACAUUUAUUCUGCAAUCAAACACCUCACUGACUGUCUGGUUUGGAGUGAUUUGCCAUUUGAAGGGAGGAGGGGUUGGUGGUCCUAUAGGCGGGCUGAGCUCUCCAAAGGACAUCACCCACAUGCUGUCUGUCUGUCAGCACCAGAGGAGCGCAGCGCACCCAUCAGCCAGAGCAUGAAUGCUGCUAAGCUCCAGACAGAUUUGACUUGAGAUCAAACACAUAAGAAGAAAAGCAAAAUGGAGACAUUCACCAUCCAUGACAUGCUGAUCAAUUCAACGGAUUUGAACAAGAUUUUGUGCAACUUCGGGAUUAGGAAUAUUUCGGAUUGUGAGAGGGAGCGGGACCAGUCUCCAGAGCCUAAAGACAUCAACCAGACUGUCCGGAUCAUCCUGUACAGCCUCAUCUUCCUCCUCAGCGUUGUGGGCAACACCCUCAUCAUCGCUGUCCUGUUGAGGAACCGGCGCAUGAGGACCGUCACCAACCUGUUCCUGCUGUCCCUGGCAUUGAGCGACCUUAUGGUGUCCCUGGUGUGCAUCCCCUUCACCCUAAUCCCCAACCUCAUGAGGGACUUCAUCUUCGGCAUCGGCAUCUGCAAGCUGGUCAUGUACUUCAUGGAACAUGAUCCUGAGGUACUUGAACUCCUCCACUUGAAACAGGAACUCCCCUUCAACCUGAACUGGGGAAGACCCCCUCUAACCAUUAACACGGAGGAGAUUAUCAUCCUCCUGGCGUAUGCUGGAGGACUUGGCAUGAGGAAGCAAGGAGAAUCAUGUCCUCCUAAAAAAGCUGAGGCAGAAUCCCCUGGUCCCAAAGCCAGACCCCCGUCCAGCCCCUGGCUGCACCUAGAAAUCCUGUCUAUAAAGAUCCUGAACAGGACCAGUUAG